GACAGGUUUUCCGCGUUCUUCGGCGAACAAUUAACAUGGACAAUUAACAUUAGCCCGCUCAUAAUCAUCUUUUAGCCGCUUAAGGCCAGGUGAGAUCAUCAUCAUCGCUGGCCGAGAAAAUGCACCUGAAGAUGCUGCCGUGAAAGCGUUGGGAAAAUCGCUGGGAAAUUGCAUGCAACGAAGUACUUAACUUGGAACACCAACUUACUCAACUCAAGAUGCCAAUCCUGCCAAUACUCAUGUGGAUGCUGCACCUGUCCUGGGGCCAAGCUCACCAGGUGGAGGAUGGCAAGCACCUGGAUGGGUUUUCCCUGCCCAGCCUUCCCUCGGAGCACCUCAUCCGGUUUCUGAACACCUUUCCCAAGCUGAAACAUCAAAUGCCCACGAAUCUCACUGGUAAGAGCAGCAUUUCAUCCGCCUGCUGGGGUCACGAACGGAAUUGCACGCCGGAUGGCCGCUUCCAGACGCCCCAGUGCCCCGGGGAGCACACUGGCUGGGCCAGGAGCAAGGAGGCCCAGGUGAGGACCUUCUACAAUCAGGCGGACUUCGGCUACAUCCAGGAGCAGCUCUCCCAGUUGGCCCCUCAGUGUGUGCCCACAUACCUGGGCGAUUCCUCGCUGGAGUGCACCCACUACCUACGCUUCUGUCGGGGUCGCAAUCUCCUCUUCGAUUUCCGGGAUCUAACGCAGAGGGAGGAGCGCAUACGCUAUCACAUGGAUGUCCUGAAGCCAGGACAACUCCUCGGCCACUGUGAACUGAAUCGCACGCGACUGGCCGGGGAAAUGGAUCACAUCGGUUCGGCCCUGCAAUCCUGGGGUCCUGAGCUGCGGAACUUUGAGGUCUUGCCACAUCCCAUUUUGGAGAGCGGACUCUGCGAUCUGGUGGUGAAUACGCCCACUUUCAUCAUGAAAAUCGAUGCCACGUACAAUAUGUAUCAUCACUUUUGCGACUUCUUCAAUCUGUACGGCUCGCUCUUUGUCAACCAAUCGCAUCCGGCUGCCUUCAAUACGGAUGUGCAGAUCCUUAUUUGGGAAACGUAUCCGUAUGACUCGCCAUUUAGAGACACCUUCAAGGCCUUCUCGCAGAGAUCGGUCUGGACACUCAGCGAUGUGGAGGGCAAAAGGGUGUGCUUCAAGAACGUGGUACUUCCCUUGCUGCCCAGGAUGAUCUUUGGCUUGUUCUACAACACACCCAUAAUCCAGGGCUGCUCGAAUAGUGGACUGUUUCGUGCCUUCUCGGAGUUCAUCCUGCAUCGCCUGCAGAUUCCCUACAAGCCACCGCAGCGGAGAAUACGAAUAACCUACCUAUCGCGGCGCACAAAGUACCGGCAAGUGCUGAACGAGGAGGAGCUCCUGGCCCCACUGGAGGCCAAUGAAGAGUACUCUGUGCAGCGCGUAUCCUACGAGAGACUUCCCUUCACCGAUCAGUUGGCCAUCACCCGGAAUACGGACAUACUCAUCGGCAUGCAUGGCGCCGGCUUGACGCAUCUGCUCUUCCUGCCCAACUGGGCCUGCAUCUUCGAGUUGUACAACUGCGAGGAUCCCAAUUGCUACAAGGAUCUGGCUCGCUUGCGUGGCGUUCGCUAUCGCACUUGGGAGCAGCGGGAGUUGGUCUAUCCGCAGGAUGCAGGACAUCAUCCCGAGGGCGGGGCGCAUGCCAAGUUCACCAACUAUAGCUUCGAUGUCGAGGAGUUUGUGCAUCUAGUGGAGCAGGCAGCCAAGGAAAUACGUGCCCACAAAGAAUUCCCUCAGGAACAAUCAGAGAAUCCCUCCAAAACGCAGCACAGCGAGCUGUAGAUUGACACAAUUGUGAUUAAAUGCAUUUAUUUUGCUUAUUUGCCAGACCCAAAAUAAAUCGGUAUUACUUAAA